UGGAGAUCUUGGGAUUACAGCGAAGCUGGCGGCAACAUUGGCUUGGAGGGUGGCUGCUCCAAGUGGCAGCACCCUUCCUCACAAUGAGUUUGAGAGAAGUGGGAAAGCUAGAUUGCAUGACCCAGAGCCUCCAACUCCACGUGCCCUCAUGAAACUAAAUUCAAGAGAUAGGUUUAGCAUGGAGGACACUGAUGGGACAUUAGCAAGUGUUGCCCAAUGCAUUGAGCAAUUGCGGCAAAGUUCCUCAUCAUCGCAAGAAAAAGAGAGUUCCUUGUGCCAAUUACUUGAGCUAAUUAAUACACGGGACAAUGCUUUUGGUGCUGUUGGGUCACAUUCGCAAGCAGUCCCAGUACUCGUGUCUCUUCUUCGGUCUGGCUCACUUGUGAUAAAGAUACAGGCUGCUAUUGUUUUAGGUUGUCUAUGCAAAGAGAACGAAUUGCGGGUCAAAGUAUUACUGGGAGGUUGCAUUCCUCCACUGCUUGCUCUUCUUAAAUCAGACUCAGCUGAAGGCCAAAUUGCAGCAGCAAAAACCAUAUAUGCUGUUUCUCAAGGUGGUGCUAAGGAUCAUGUUGGAUCAAAAAUAUUUUCAACAGAAGGAGUUGUCCCUGUAUUGUGGGAAUUACUGGAGAAGGGACUUAAGGCUGGAAAUGUGGUCGAUGACUUACUUACCGGAGCUCUGCGGAAUCUUUCUAGCAGCACUGAGGGGUUUUGGUCCGUGACAAUUAAAGCUGGAGGAGUAGAUACACUCAUCAAAUUGCUUACAGCAGGCCCAUCAAAUACUCAAGCAAAUGUAUGCUUUCUUCUCUCAUGCAUGAUGACGGAGGAUGCAUCUGUUUGUUCUAAAGUCUUGGCUGCAGAGGCCACUAAACUGCUCCUUACGCUACUUGGACCUGGCAAUGAAGCUUCUCUAAGAGCAGAAGCUGCAGGUGCUCUUAAAUCUCUUUCAGCGCAGUGCAAAGAAGCCAGAAGGGAGAUUGCAAAUGCCAAUGGUAUACCAACUCUGAUUAAUGCAACAAUAGCUCCUUCUAAAGAAUUCAUGCAGGGUGAGUUUGCCCAAGCUUUGCAAGAGAAUGCUAUGUGUGCUCUUGCAAACAUAUCUGGUGGCCUGUCAUUUGUCAUCUCAAGUCUUGGUCUAAGCCUUGAGUCAUGUACCUCUCCUGCACAAGUAGCAGACACAUUAGGAGCAUUGGCUUCUGCCCUGAUGAUAUAUGACAGCAAAGCAGAAAAUGCUAAACCAUCAGAUCCCGUCGAGGUUGAGAAAACAUUGAUACGGCAGUUCAAACCUCGGUUACCCUUUUUGGUGCAGGAGCGUACAAUAGAAGCCCUUGCCAGUUUGUAUGGGAACACAGUACUGGCAUCCAAACUUGUGAAUUCUGAUGCAAAAAGACUGCUUAUUGGUUUGAUUACAAUGGCAACCAAUGAAAUCCAGGAAGAGCUGAUAAGAUCCCUUCUUAUUCUCUGCAACAAUGAAGGUAGUUUGUGGCAAGCCCUUCAAGGCCGUGAAGGGAUUCAGCUUUUGAUAUCUCUUCUUGGUCUUUCAUCGGAGCAGCAGCAAGAGUGUGCUGUUGCGUUACUUGGCCUUCUAUCCCAUGAAAAUGAUGAAAGUAAAUGGGCCAUCACUGCUGCUGGUGGCAUUCCCCCACUUGUUCAAAUUCUGGAGACAGGGUCUUCAAAAGCUAAAGAAGACUCUGCAACAAUCCUUGGAAACCUCUGUAAUCAUAGUGAGGAUAUACGUGCCUGUGUUGAAAGUGCUGAUGCUGUUCCAGCUUUACUUUGGCUACUAAAAAAUGGAAGUCCCAAUGGAAAGGAGAUUGCUACUAAGACCUUAAAUCAUUUGAUUCAUAAGUCAGAUACAGCAACAAUUAGCCAACUCACUGCAUUAUUAAUUGGUGAUCUGCCUGAAUCUAAGGUUUAUGUCUUAGAUGCAUUAAAAAGUUUGCUCUCUGUGGCCCCACUGAAUGAUAUCAUGUGUGAAGGUAGUGCAGCAAAUGAUGCCAUUGAGACUAUGAUAAAAAUCUUACACUCUACAAAGGAAGAGACUCAAGCAAAGUCUGCUCUAGCUUUGGCUGGAAUUUUUGAUCUCAGGAAGGACUUGCGCGAAACACACAUUGCUGUUAAGACCCUUUUGUCUGUUGUCAAACUUUUAAAUGUGGAAUCUCAAGACAUCUUAGUGGGAGCUUCCCAUUGCGUUGCUGCAAUAUUUCUCUCUAUUAAAGAGAACCGUGAUGUGGCUGCUGUUGCUAGGGAUGCUUUGGCGUUGUUGGUGGUGCUUGCUAACUCUCCAGCAUUGCAAGUUGCAGAGCAAGCAGUAUGUGCUUUGUCAAAUAUCCUUUUAGAUAGUAAAGCUUUAGAAACAGCUAUAUUGGAAGAAAUUAUUUUGCCUGCCACUAGAGUGCUGCAAGAAGGCACAAAUAUCGGAAAGAUCAAUGCAUCAGCUGCAAUUGCCCGGCUUCUCCAUUCUCGUCAGAUUGAUUCUGCUUUAACUGACACUGUAAAUCGUACUGGAACUGUGCUUGCUCUCGUUUCUUUUCUGGAAGCUGCUGACAGCCGAUCUAUUGCCAGAUCAGAGGCUCUAGAUACACUUGCUUUCCUCUCAAGGCCUAUCGGAGAUAUAGGACACAUAAAACCAGCUUGUGCAGUUCUUGCAGACUACCCUGCUGGCAUUAUCCCAAUAGUUUCAUGUAUUGCUGAUGCCACACCACUGUUGCAGGAUAAAGCUAUAGAAAUACUAUCUCGGCUCUGCCAGGCUCAGCCCCUAGUUCUUGGGAGCACAAUUGCCUGUGCCACUGGAUGCGUUUCAUCCAUUGCUAGAAGGCUAAUUAGUUCCACUAAUGCAAGGGUUAAAAUUGGAGGAGCUGCACUUCUUGUUUGCAGUGCAAAAGUGAAUCAUCAAGGAGUAGUUGAAGAUUUAAAUGGAUCUAAUUUGUUUGCUUCACUCAUCCAUUCUCUUGUUGGAAUGCUAACUUCUGCAGAGAUUUCUGAAGUUGGCGAUCAUGGCAGCAAAGAUAUCAUAAGUGUCUCCAGGAUAACUGCUGAAACAAGUAGUAAUGACUCUGAGAGGAGUACAUCAGUCAUUUACGGUGUCAAUAUAGCUGCAUGGCUUCUUUCUGAACUUGCUAGGUGUGAUGACAAAAGUAAGCUUGAGAUAAUGGAGGCUGGUGGAAUUGAAGUUCUUGCUGAGAAAAUAUCUCAAUCUUUCGUGCAGUAUACACAGUCUGAUUAUAGAGAGGAUGGCAGUAUAUGGAUUUGUGCCUUGUUAUUAGCAGUCUUGUUUCAAGAUAGAGAUAUAAUUCGCGCACAUGCUACUAUGAAUACAAUUCCUGUACUAGCUAAUUUGUUGAGGUCAGAGGAGGCAGCAAACAGAUACUUUGCUGCUCAAGCUGUGGCCAGUCUGGUCUGCAAUGGUAGCAGGGGAACUCUUUUGUCUGUUGCAAAUUCAGGGGCAGCAGCAGGACUCAUUUCUUUACUUGGUUGUGCUGAUGCUGAUAUAUAUGACCUUCUAGAAUUGUCAGUGGAGUUUGGUUUGGUUCGUUAUCCUGACCAAGUUGCUCUUGAGAAAUUGUUCAGGGUUGAUGAUAUCAGGGCUGGCGCAACUUCUAGGAAAGCCAUACCAGCCCUUGUUGAUUUGCUUAAACCUAUUCCAGGUCGACCUGGGGCACCUUUUCUUGCUCUUGGACUUCUAAUUCAGCUUGCUAAAGAUUCUCCUCCUAAUCAGACUGUGAUGGUAGAGUCAGGGGCGUUGGAGGGCUUGACAAGAUAUCUUUCUCUCAGCCCACAAGAUGCGUAUGAGGAAGCUGCUACAGACUUACUAGGCAUUCUGUUUAGCACAGCUGAGAUAAGGAGACAUGAAUCUGCAUUUGGUGCUGUCAGUCAACUUAUAGCAGUUCUACGGUUAGGUGGACGAGCAGCAAGAUAUAGUGCUGCUAAAGCUUUGGAGAACUUAUUUUCUGCUGACCAUGUAAGGAAUGCAGAGUCUUCCAGGCAAGCUGUUCAACCUUUGGUUGAAAUACUGAAUACAGGGUCAGAGAAGGAGCAACAUGCUGCUAUUGCUGCUCUGGUUAGACUGCUGAGGGAAAACCCAUCGAAAGCCCUUGCAGUCACUGAUUUUGAGAUGAAUGCUGUUGAUGUGCUAUGCAGGAUUCUUUCAUCAAACUACUCAAUGGAACUGAAGGGGGACGCUGCUGAGCUGUGCUGUGUUCUCUUCAGCAACACAAGGAUAAGAUCUACUCCAGCAGCUGCCCGCUGUGUUGAGCCUUUGGUUUCUCUGCUUGUUACUGAGUACAGUCCAGCUCAUCAUUCUGUUGUCCGUGCAUUAGAUGAACUUUUAGAUGAUGAACAGCUGGCGGAACUUGUUGCCGCACAUGGUGCAGUUAUCCCACUUUUAGGCCUUCUCCACGGUGAGAAUUAUCUGCUCCAUGAGGCUAUAUCUAGGGCUCUUUCUUCUCUAUGAGCUCUCGUUAAGUUGGGUAAAGACAGGCCUGCAUGUAAGAUGGAAAUGGUGAAAGCUGGAGUAGUUGAGAGCGUGCUUGAUAUACUUCAUGAAGCACCAGAUUUCCUAUGUGCUGCAUUUGCCGAAUUGCUCAGAAUACUUACAAAUAAUGCAACCAUUUCAAAAGGUCCAUCAGCAGCAAAAGUGGUUGAGCCUCUCUUCCUGUUGCUGACAAGAUUAGAGUUUGGACCUGAUGGACAACAUAGUGCAUUGCAGGUUCUUGUGAAUAUUCUAGAACAUCCACAGUGUCGUGCUGAUUAUACCCUCACACCUCGACAAGCUAUAGAACCUCUCCUACCUUUACUUGACUCUCCUGCUUCAGCUGUGCAGCAGUUGGCAGCUGAGCUAGUGUCCCACCUGCUUCUGGAGGAGCAUCUUCAAAGAGACCCACUAACACAGCAGGUGAUUGGUCCGUUAGUACGCAUUCUUGGUUCUGGCAUUCUGAUUUUGCAACAGAGAGCCUUGAGGGCUCUUGUUAGGGUUGCAGCAAUAUGGCCAAAUGAAAUUGCGAAAGAGGGUGGUGUGAGCGAGCUGUCCAAAGUCAUACUUCAAGCUGAUCCAUUGGUCCCAAAUGCCUUGUGGGAGUCUGCUGCUUCUAUAUUAUCCAUCAUUUUGCAGUUUAGUUCUGAGUUCUAUCUGGAAGUACCCGUAGCAGUGUUGGUGAGGCUGCUUCGUUCUGGCUCAGAGAGCACAGUUACUGGUGCACUGAAUGCCCUUCUAGUGUUGGAGAGCGAUGACCCAGCCACUGCUGAAGCAAUGGCUGAAAGUGGGGCAAUUGAGGCACUUCUAGGUAUUCUUAGAAAUCAUCAGUGUGAGGAAACGGCUGCCAGACUUCUUGAGGUGUUGUUGAACAAUGUGAAGAUCAGGGAAUCUAAAGUUACCAAAUCUGCAAUUUUACCAUUGUCCCAAUAUCUUUUGGAUCCCCAAACCCAAGGCCAGCAGGCUAGGUUACUGGCAACUCUUGCUCUUGGUGAUCUAUUCCAGAACGAGGUUCUUGCUCGAACAGCUGAUGCUGUUUCAGCAUGCCGAGCAUUAGUGAAUCUGCUUGAGGAUCAACCUACUGAAGAAAUGAAAGUAGUAGCUAUAUGCACGCUACAGAACCUUAUUAUGUACAGCAGAUCAAACAAAAGGGCCUUUGCCGAAGCUGGUGGUGUUCAGGUUUUGCUUGAUCUGAUUGGUUCCAGUGACCCGGAAACAUCAGUACAGGCAGCUAUGUUUGUCAAACUUCUUUUCUCUAAUAAUACUAUACAAGAAUAUGCUUCAAGUGAAACUGUCAGAGCUAUAACAGCUGCAAUCGAGAAACACUUGUGGGCCAGUGGCACUGUAAAUGAGGAGUAUUUGAAGGCUCUCAAUGCACUAUUCAGCAACUUCCCCCGUCUAAGAGGAACUGAACCUGCAACACUAAGCAUCCCUCACCUUGUCACUUCCCUUAAGACAGGAUCGGAGGCCACUCAAGAAGCUGUCUUGGACUCACUACUUCUUCUCAGGCAGGCUUGGUCAGCAUGUCCAGCUGAAGUUUCUCGAGCACAAUCUGUAGCUGCUGCAGAUGCGAUACCUCUAUUACAAUACUUGAUCCAAUCAGGACCUCCUAGGUUCCAGGAGAAAGCAGAAUUCUUGCUGCAGUGUUUGCCGGGAACACUCAUGGUGAUAAUCAAACGAGGAAACAACAUGAGGCAGUCGGUCGGGAACCCAAGCGUGUACUGCAAGCUAACCCUCGGAAAUGCUCCCCCACGGCAAACCAAGGUUGUAUCGACUGGUCCAAACCCAGAGUGGGGCGAGAGCUUCGCUUGGUCCUUUGAAAGUCCUCCCAAGGGCCAGAAGCUUCACAUUUCAUGCAAGAACAAGAGCAAGAUGGGGAAGAGCUCGUUCGGGAAGGUGACGAUCCAAAUCGAUCGUGUAGUGAUGUUAGGUGCAGUUGCUGGGGAGUACACCCUACUGCCUGAAAGCAAAAGUGGACCUUCAAGGAAUUUGGAAAUAGAAUUCCAGUGGUCUAAUAGAGUAGCAGAUCCCUGCUAAGCUUUCUGCAAAAUUACUGAUUCUUCUUCUGUAAUAUUUAUUUUUUGGUGUAUAUAGUUUUGGUGGCAUUCCUUUAGUACUGAAGCUGCCAUUUCUUGAUGUAUUCUUUGUAAUAUGAGGGUAAUUUUUCUUUUCUUUUCUUUUUUUUUUUAAAUUUUUUGAAUUUCUUGGAAGCAGAAUUGGGCUGAGGAUUAUCAGAUUCUUUUGUAAUUGCUUGUAACCACAUCCGUUUGAUUGAAAAAUUGGGAGAAAGAAUAAUGGUUCAUGAUUCUUGACAUAUAUUGUUGGUUGAGGU